AUGGAAGAACAUAAUAGAGGAAUUGGUAGAGAAAUUAGACAGACGGAAGAAAAGGUGAGUAAGGAGGAAAAGGAAGUGAGAAAAUGCUUGUAUUGAGUCAAGUUUGAUAAGUAUUUUGGAGAGGAAUGAGAUUGUGAGGUAUUUGAUCCUGUGGCAUAUUCGGCAGAUUUGAAGUUUGUGGAGGACUGAGGGUUUCAUCCUGAGCCGGUGGAUCGUUUUGAUAGAUGUGUCCAGGCUAUUUUUGUAUCGGAAAUGAGAUCGAAGAGUUUCUAUAAGAUGAUUAAAAAUUAUUCUAAAUAACCAGAAUGAAAUUGAAAUUUUUCCUAUUGACAACCCCAAUGUUUUGAGACAGUCAAGAGCAUUGAAAUGUUUAAUCAAUAACAUCCAUUCAUUACAGAGACUUACGAUUUCUUGACUCAGAAUCACUUCCAAGCAAUUUGUUCAAAUUCUUCUGAGUGGGAUUUACCUUGAAAAACUCAAAUUAGACAAUUGAGAUAUCAAAAGUAGUCAAAUUUCUCUUCCUGCCCUCCAAAGAUCUUCUCAGCUAAAGAUAAUAAUUUUUAAAUGAGGAAGAAUAUCUGUCCAAAACGAAAUUGCACUAGGCACAUCACACUAUUCACACAUUUUCCACAACAUCAGCCAAUGCCCUUGCUCACAGACCCUGACCCACCUCCUAAUCCAAAGAUCCUCUCUUGACGACCCCCUCACUCAAUCUCUCACCCAAGAACACCCCCAUCUCCCCAUAAAAUUCACCAUCGGAACAGCACUACACGGGUUCUAGCCCUACCAUAUCCAAAUUUCAACCA